CAAACAUCCAUCACGGUGCUGUCGCUUGUUUCGAUUCCUACAAGCAGGCCGCCGUCAAAUAUCGGCCUCCCCUCGACCACCAUGGCUCGCUCCGUGACAGCGACGACGAACGGCGCUUCUAAGAGAAAGGAGCCCGCCAAUGGCAAGGUCAACGGCCAUGCAAACGGCAGCGCAAACGGCGAAGCUCCAGAAGCAGAAUCACAGGUCGACGAUGCAACCUACCGCGACUUCUUCUGGACCUAUACCGAGGAGCCGCAUCGGACGAGGCGCCUUGCCAUCAUUAAGGCCCACCCCGAGGUAACGAAGCUAUGCGGUCCUGAGCCCCUGACCAAAUACGUCGUCGCCGGUGUCGUCGGCCUACAAGUGCUGCUCGCCCAUCUCUUGCGCGACACCUCCUUCUGGUCAUGGAAGUUCUGGGCCGUCGCAUACGUCUUUGGCGCCACUUCGAACCAGAAUCUCUUCCUCGCCAUCCACGAGAUCUCCCACAACCUCGCUUUUAGGUCGCCCAUGGCCAACCGCCUGUUUGCCAUCUUUGCCAACCUGCCCAUCGCCGUGCCAUACAGCGCUUCGUUCAGGCCCUACCACCUCACCCACCACAAGUCUCUCGGCGUCGACGGCCUCGACACGGACCUUCCCACCGCCUUCGAAGCCAUCUUCCUCGACUCGAUCCUCGGAAAGGCCUUCUUCUGCACUUUCCAGAUCUUCUUCUACGCCCUCCGGCCCAUGACCGUCUACCGCGUGCCCUUCACCUGGGUGCACGGCGUCAACGUCGCCAUCCAACUCGGCUUCGACUACGCCCUCGCGUGCCUCCUCCCGGGCUACUUCACCUUCCACUCCGUCCUCUACCUGCUGCUCUCUUCCUUCCUGGCCGGCUCGCUGCACCCGACGGCGGGGCACUUCAUCGCCGAGCACUACGUCUACGAGAAGAUCACGCCCGAGGCCCGGCAGCCGAGCAACAACAUCCCCGUCCCCGAGACCUUCAGCUACUACGGCCCGCUGAACCUGGUCACGUACAACGUGGGCCUGCACAACGAGCACCACGACUUCCCCGCCAUCCCGUGGACCCGCCUGCCCGUACUGCGGGAGAUGGCCAAGGAGUUCUACGCCGACCUGCCGCAGCAUCGCAGCUGGACCUAUGUGCUGUGGCGCUUCAUCUUUGACGAGGAGAUCGGCAUGAGGUGCCGCGUCAAGAGGAAGCAGGGCGGGAGAGUGGUUGGGGGAGGGUCCACCACGGCCAAGGUGGCGAACUGGAAGGAGAAUGAGAUUGAGGCAUGAAGCGGGGGUUGUUGCGGCAGUCAUGCUGGCAUGGUUUUGAGCGCUGAGCGUUGAGCAAGUUAUAGACUUGGUAAUGGUGCAUGUAAGAUGGGGUUUGUGUUCGCUGAGCUGUCAGAUAUCGUAUAAUACAUGGGGCUUCUUGAGUGGUUAAAGACUGGUUUCGGCCGUCUCUUACACCAUGGAACCCAACGAAGUUUCACUUCAAAGCGAUCAUGACACGACUAAAGCUAGUACCGAGGGGGAAGGGCCAGCCAUUGUAGCGACUCUACCUCAAUCAUAGUCUGGGAAUGUGAAAUGAUGCCACAACAAAUUGUCAUCCCUCAAC